AGACAAUAGAGCGAGUCGUAUCGAUAAAACGGUACCGGUGGCAGGGGGUGUGACCUUUGGAUACAGGCGGAAAACGAUUAUGUAAGCUACGACGGUUUAUAUAUCAGGAGCCGGACACGAUUCGUGAUAGAAUCUGACAGCCAUGUUGGUAACUGCCACAUUCUUGGCGUUGCUCGCUUUGACCGCGGCCGAGGGCGACCACAAGGACCCGCACUUCGCACCUGGCCACGACGCCAUUGUGCAUCUCUUCGAGUGGAAAUGGAACGACAUCGCGACAGAGUGCGAGAACUUCUUGGGACCCAUGGGCUACGGUGGAGUUCAGGUGUCACCUAUCCAAGAGAACUUGGUGAUCGACAACAGACCAUGGUGGGAACGCUAUCAACCGAUUUCGUAUCUAUGGAUCACGCGAUCGGGCACACGAGAAGAAUUCAUCAAUAUGGUGGCGAGAUGUAACAACGCAGGUGUCCGAAUUUACGUGGACGUUAUCAUGAAUCACAUGUCAGGGAACUGGAAGGAUGCUCGCGGUACCGGAAACUCCGAAGCGAACACGUACAUCAUGGCGUAUUACCAGGUGCCUUACACAGAUGCCAAUUUCCAUCACUCAUGCUCGGUCAACAACUACAAUAAUCCCAGCAACGUGCGAAAUUGCGAAUUGACCGGUCUUCAUGACUUGGACCAGAGCCAAGAAUAUGUCAGAUCCAAGUUGACAGACUUCCUCAACGACGCUAUCGACGUUGGUGUAGCUGGCUUCCGAGUCGAUGCUGCCAAACACAUGUGGCCAAGAGAUCUGAACAUCAUCUACUCGAGGCUGAAGAAUCUGAACACGGAACACGGCUUCCCUCCGAACGCCAGGCCGUACGUGUUCCAGGAAGUGAUCGAUUAUGGCAACGAGGCUAUCUCGAAGCGAGAAUACAACCAGAUGGCCAGUGUCAUCGAGUUUAAAUACGCGGCUGAAAUCAGCAACGCCUUUCGUGGCAACAACCUUCUGAAAUGGUUGGUCAACUGGGGAGAGCAAUGGGGCCUCCUGCCACCCAGAGAUGCUCUCGUCUUCGUUGACAAUCACGAUACACAGCGUGGCAAUUCUCAAGUACUCACUUAUAAAUCCUCCAAGACAUACAAGAUGGCUGUGGCCUUCAUGUUGGCCCAUCCAUUCGGUACUCCCCGAGUGAUGAGCUCCUUCGCCUUCGACAUCAGCGAUCAAGGACCUCCUCACGAUGGCAACGGGAACAUUCAAUCCCCCUCGUUCAACGCGGACAACAGCUGCAACGGAGGAUGGAUCUGUGAACACCGUUGGAGACAAAUCUACAACAUGGUUCGUUUCCGUAACACAGUUCACGGAACAAGCGUCAACGAUUGGUGGGACAAUGGCAGCAAUCAGAUCGCAUUCUCCCGAGGCAACUCGGGAUUCGUGGCGUUCAAUGGCGACCAAUACGAUAUGAGAGCGACCGUGAAGACCAGUCUGCCUCCUGGCCAAUACUGCGACGUGAUUACCGGUAACUUGGUGAACGGAAGCUGCACUGGCAAGGUCGUCAACGUGGAACAAAAUGGCGAUGUUUACGUGGAGAUCUCUAAAGGAGAGGAGGAUGGAACCCUUGCCAUUCAUGUUCAGGCUAAACUGUGAACAAAGAAUAACUUGAUCAACGAAUAAGGACCCCGAACCUGGAAACGACAGAAAUAGGCAUGCUUAGAUCCUGAUUGCCCUACGUGAUGCACACCCCUUUUCAACAUCACGUAGAUCACGAUUUAACGCCUAUCCAUGUAAAAGCUGAAUUU